AUGUAUGAGCCGGGCAAAAAUCAGCAAUCAUCAUCAGCUGUUACGAAUUCUAAUACUUCUGCAAGCCUCCUCGCUAGUAUUGCUGCUAGUCCAAAUCUAAUGAAUGCAAUUUUGGCACAAAGUAGUUCUGAUAAUUCUUUUGAUUCUGGUAUACCUUCACAGAGGAGGUAUACAAUGCCGAUGGAUGCGGCUAACGCUGCGAGAUGCUCGUUUAAUGCUGGAGUUCCUGUGGAUGUAACGACGCCGGAGCUGGAUUCCAGUGCGCCUUCUAAUAAGAAAAUUCGUCGGCUGAUCAGCGAACAAGUUAGCCAUGAAGUAUUCCCUUCUUCGUCGAUCCCGCAUAACGAAGGUUUGGGCCAACAGCUGAAAGAUGUUACUAGUAGGAAAUUUAGCGCUAGUGCGACUCCGAACAUUGAGUCAUUGCUAUUACUUCAUCGCAUGUAUCAACAGUGUCUACUUAGUAAUCUCAUUAAUCCUAAUUCUGACGUUCUCGCUCGUAUGCAACAACUCAACUCUCUGCAGCAAAUUAUACAACCAUCUCCUCUUAAUCUCCAACCGAAUAUUUUCUCUGUACCAGAAAAAGCUCAUUCGUCUCUGAAUAUUUUAAAUCAUUCGUCCGCUGCAGCUGCGCAGCAGCAAACACAUACUUUUCCAGCACCGAAUCCGUUGGUAUCAUCACAGCAAAAUCCGUUGCUAACUCCAGUUAUAAACGCUUUGCUACAAAACAUGCAUUUAACGCAACAGCCUGUAAGUAGCAAUGGAAUCAGUGGUCUGCCGGUUGCUGCCCCAGCCGUCACAACUGCUGCAAGUGUAAAUAUGGUCUCUGGACCGCAAACCUCAUCUGUUUUUGACUUUUGCAGCCUGCUGCUACAGCAACAGCAACAGACAGCAGCAGCACUUGGGCUGACGGCUAAUGGUCAUAUUCAGCAGUUACAACAACCCGACAGCUCAUCGAGCACAGUGAUAGUAAAUGGUCAAGACCAUGAGGUCUCAAAAAGUAGUUCCGAUUCGAACCAAGCGGAUCUGCGGUCAUCGACUUCUUCAAAUUUGGGUUCUGUAAUACCUGAUCGCGUUCGGCAAAUCCCAAUAUGUCGUCAGCAAUUAGAGGCACGUAUGAUAUCAAUAAUUGCGCAAGAGUUGGAGUCAGAUGAAGAACGUGGAAGCGACAUUGCGAGUCAGAAGAAUGAUUUGUCAUCGGGCGAAAGUGAGAGUGAGGGGAAAAUAUCAAAUCAGAAUUCCACUUCGCUUUCGUCAAGUGUUGGAGAGGAGAGAAUAAAUCUGUUAGAAUCUAGCACUAAUGAAAAAAAAUAUUCGCAAGCGAGCAGUUCCAGUACUACUUCUGAUGAGAUGGCUGUUGAUGCUGAUUCGUUAUCGGCAUCAUCGAAGAGUGCAGCUGAGUUGUUGUUGAAGAUAAAUACGCCGGCUCCCAUUAUGAUUUCGCAUUCAUCAUAA